UAACACAACAAUACGCGUUUCAGCUGGCGUCAGUAAACACAAUAGACUUUAAAAGAAACACAAGAGAAUUACUGUUAGAUCGAAAAGAGAGUCUGUGGUUAAAAAAACAUAGAUUGUUGAACUUGACAUCAAAAGAACCAUAUCAACGGUUUGCUGCAUUGAAUACAACCAAUGUAACAGACCGGAAGUUCAAUGUAACAAACGCGAAGCCGAAACGGAAGCCGAGAGGCGAAGUGGCCGAAGCAAACUGUGCUGAAACAUUCUGUCGAUGCGAAUCAAAAAUAGUUCAUUUAGUCGAAGGCUUUGAGCAUUGUAAGGCUACAGACGGCUUUGUCUUAUACGGCGAGGACGGAAGUAACGACGGAAAUAACCGCCGCGCUGUGACGUUACCAUGUGUUAACUCUGUAAUGUCCUUUCAUGUUACCUCACUUAACGUUAGCCAAACUCGACUCGACGUAUCACAGCAUCGGGAAUAUUACAAGCCGAGUGACCCACCAGUACAGACAUGGAUCCAGUUCACAGUGGGACCGGUGUUUUCUACCAGGCGAUGCCUGCUGUUGGAGCCGAUGGAAAGAACAUCAUGAAACUGAUUCCUGUACAAAUGGUCAAUGGACAUUUUGUCCAAACUGAAAUAAACAAACCCAGAUUGGCCCCUACAGCUCAGAAAGCUGUGACCUUAAAUUUUUCCUCAGCUCCUGUUCAGAUGGUAAAAAAGGCAGAUUUGAAUCCUUCUGCCACCCAGCAGAUUGUCAAAAAGCAGGUUUCCUUUGUGAAUGUGUUGCCUAAACCAGCAGGAUUUGAUCUUGCUAAUUCACUAAACAAGCAUCCACCCCAGCAAAAGCAAAAUGUAAAGGCCAAAUUACCUCUGAUUGCACCUGCAACAAACUGUGGGAAGUUAGUAACACUUCCAUGUCAGCUUCCAGUGACCAUGAAAUCUCCAGCACUCCCCAGUGGACAGUACUUCCAGAUCCGCCCAAAUGCACAAGUCCCAACGGUCCAAGCAUCUGACCUUUCUGAGCUUAUCAAGAAACAGAUCUUUACUUCAUCAGCCAGCUCCUCUCCAGGUCCAGGACUACCAAGUGUGGUUUUCAUGUCACCUGUCACAACUGUGAAUCAAGGUGUUACAAAUGAAGGCGUAAUGAAUCAAGGCGUUACCCCACCAUGUGAUUCUGCACUUCCCUCACUCAACUUGCUUUCUAAGACUUUAUGUGGGCUCCCAGCUAAAUCGAAAACACUGUUAAAAUUGGUUCCAAAGGUUUCACAAAGGCCCAACAGCCCUAUAAAGUGGGUGAUUGAAGAAGAGCACAGCUCAGCGGCUCCUAAUAUAAAUCUUCAUGAUCCAUCUUCUGUCGCUUCAGAGAUUCUUCGAACUGUGGCAGAGAGAGAAAACACAAGCAAGCACUCUGACAACAUUAGAAAAAGCACUCAGUCCAAUCAGGGCAAAAGUGGACAAGGAGAGCGCAACACCGUGGUCGUGUGCAACGGGAGGGUCAUUUAUGUGGCCAAAAAAGGCAGCCGACCAUUUAAAAUGCAAAAAAGGAACUCCCCCCAAGCAUCAACAGAAACUUAUGAAUCCAACAAAACCUCUGUACCUUCAACCCAAGAGUCUUUGCAGUCAGAUGCAGCUCAAACAUGGCAGGACCUCAGAAUUAUUAUCCCAGACGAGUCAGAUGAAGUGAUAGAUCUUUGUGGCGACGAUGAUGCUCAGGAUGACUCACCUGCACAAGCAGCAUCAGUUAAUGUGUCAGCUGUCUCUCUGCAGGACGAUGACAAUGUCAUAUUUGUGUCAUAUAUUCCACCCAAAUCUAAGGCUGGGUCAACACAAGGUUUGAGACUAAAAACACCAACAGCACUUGCAAGACGUGCAACAGACAAGACGGGAACAAGCAGCUUGGACAGUGUGACAGAAGCAAAGAGGCUAGAUGGUGGAAGUGAUGGCAGGGGUGUUUGUGGUUCAGUAGUGAUGAACAGACAUGAUAAUGAGGGCUCAAACACGAUGAGCCAGCGAAGCACCUCCACCCAACAGGUGCAGAGAAUGGAAGUUCAUGAAGAAACAGAAAGUCCAGUAGAUCCCAGCACCUCUAACAGCAGCAGUGGAACACGCCCUCAGGAACAGGACACCCACAAAAUGGAGAGCCGUCCAGGCCCUGCACCAUGCAGGACACCUUCGCCGGCAGCAAAACCAUGUCAGAUGGAGGACCAUCAGCUGAGGCAGAUAUUUGGUAUCACAUCUGAGGUGAAAAUCUGCCUGCAGAAGAUUGAUGAAGACACAGCCAUGAGCUCAGAACUUUUUUUGCAGGAGCUUCAUAGUUCCUGUAAAAAACAACAAACAGACACCUACAGUUGUCUCAUCAAUGUUAAGAGUGCUCUUUCCAAACUUGAGACAAAGCCUCCCUCUGCUUUGACGAAUAAGUGCCAUUUAGAUAAAAGUUCACUCAAGGGAGCAUCAUGUGAUGAUGAAAAUGCACCAGUGAUUGGAUACGUGGAACCAAUAGAUGAGGAUUUCCCCAGCGCAGAUGGCAACGUCAUCCACGGGUCACAAAACCCAGCAGCACAGCUACAGACUCAGACUUGUGAGGAUCUGAACACAAACACGAGGAGAAUAGGAAGGGCAAGGAAACGCACCAUGUGUCCAUGUUGCGUCCCUGGUUCUCUGGAGCCUGCAGUAAAAUCCAGCGCAAGGUUAGACGAGCCUGAGAAGUUGGCGUGGAUGACGGAGAGCAUGAGUAAAAAAGGGGGGCGAACAAAGGCUCCAAGAAAAGAUGGAAAAACAUCUGGAAUCAACUGUCUAACGGCCAAGAACGAGGUUCCAUCCAGUGACAGUUUGACCACAUCACUGGAUUUUAAUGAACUAAAAAGACACAAACAGAUCAAAAGACUCAAACAGCAUCUAGAGAAAGAGGUGCCUUUAGAGCUGAUGAGUGACAGCUGAGACAAGACAACCACAUGCACUCUAAUAUUCUAACUAACCAAUAUUCUAACAUAACUUUUGUUAUAAUCCUUUUAUUAAUUUACUUACAUAUUAACCCUCUCUUCAAACUCUUUAGUUAAGCCUCACUGUUGCUGUCCUUCUCUUGAGAUUAACACUAACACAUUGAAUAACUGCCAACACUCAUCUGCAUCAUAUGUUUCGCGUUAUACUGUUCAAUUACUAAAAGUUAUUUCACACUUGCCAGCCGAUCACAAUGAAACAUUACAUAUUUUACACUUCUCCAGUGUUUAAUUUGAAGUGUUGAUAUCCAUAAAAAGAUGUCAUUUUGAUUUUUAAGAACCAGAAACCAUCUCAGUGUAGUUUUACAUCUCCUCUCUCAGGCUUCUCUCUGGAGCUCUAGCAACAGGUCAGUGAGCCAAUCAGAAGAGAGACUCUGAGCCUCUCCUCUGAUUGGCUGAUUGUUUUUCUCAGUGAUUGAAUGAAAUGUUGCAUUUUAGCAGGUAAACACUCAGAGAAACCAAAUCCUGCAAGGUUGGAGGGUGGUUCCAGGUGGGCGGGGCUUGGGACAUGGCUGAGAGCAGCGACUGCUUUGUUGUGACAUCACAAAGUUUCAGAAGUCCUCGCAGCUCGUUUUAAGGUUCAGUUUGUGAAUAUAGGCUGUGUGGAUUUCUCUGUGGACUCAGCGCUCUUGACGCUUUCACAGUUUUAAUAUAGAACCUAGAACUGCUUUAUAAUCAAAAACACAAUAUGGGACCUUUAAGAAUUCUUAGUGGCCGUGGUAUGAUAAAAAAAAUACCUGUACCAGUAUUACGGCUACUGAACGUUAUGUGUCAAAUUUCAGUUUUCUACUGAGAUCCAUCAGCAUCCACAUGUUUAACUUAUGUUUGUGUGAGUGUUGGGACGGUGGUACCAGCUCUCAUUCUUUGUCCUGUUCAGCCAUUUUGUUUAUUAUAGCAUGAAUAUUUGGCACCUAUCCAGUCCACACUGAACAGAACCUGCCUUUUGAAGUUACCCCAGAAAUCUGAAGAGAAACACAACCGUAAGAAAAACUGUUUCCUACAGUAUGUUAGUAUCUCCUUUCAUUUAAUUGGCUUGAAAUAUAAAUAUUAAAAAUGCACAUAAAUAGCUAUACUAAACCUGAACCUUAUUAUGUCUUAAUCCAUGUCACAACGGCAGCAGGAGAUAUGUUCUGUUCAGCAGGAAACAUUUAAACAAAAAACAAAAACAAUGCACUAUGUCACUUAGUUUAAAUCCUGUAACAUAUUCCUUUAAUGUGUCUACAGGGAGUCAGAACAUGAAGAGGCAGCUGUCGUUUGCCUUAAAGGUUAUAUUGAUUGAAAAUAUUUGAGAAAUAGUACAUUGAACAUGUCAGUGGCACAAAAGGGCAAUGAAAGCAUCCCUCCAAUGGCCCUGAGGGCUCAUUACACUGCAACUUAAAACAAACGCAAACAAAUUCAGGACUUACUCGCAUGGAUGUUUGAUAAUUAAAGAUACUCAAAUGUCUCUGUUAUAAUACAUCCACGCACACAUAUUGUUCAAAGCUUUUAACUGCAAAAGUCACAAAGCGUUGAACAACAAGUGCUUCCCAGCCUGGUUCAUCACUUUUCUUUUUUUGGGGGGGGCUUUUUAUCCCUUUAUUGGACAGUAUAGUGGAGAGAGACAGAGAGGCAGAGAGAGGGGGAAUGACAUGCAGCAAAGGGUCGUCCGAUGCGGGAUUCGAACCAAGGCCGACUGUAGCCUCUACACAUGGGGCGCCUGCUAAGACCACUACGCCACACCUGUUUCAUCACUUUUUUGGUGUCCUUGUAAACACUUCCAUUGUCAUCUGUGCUACUUGCAGCGCAUUUGUCUGUUUGGUUGUAUUGUGAGUAUUUGCAGGAUAGGUCUUGUCAAAUUGUCAAAGAUAUUUUCUGAAUUUGCUUGUGUUUUGUUUUUGUGUGUUUGUGUUGAGUUCUCAGGGCCAUGGUACAUCCUUCCAUCCAAAGCACACAGACCUACCUCCAUUUUUGCCACUUGAUGUGUUGAAAGGACACAGACAAACCAAACUAUCAUUCCUGACUGACUUAUACCACAAAAACAAGAUUUAGAUUUAGAUUUAGUUGUAUCACAAAAUAAUUUCAGUCCAAUUCUUACCUUUUUCAAAGACUGUGCUAUGCAAUUAAAAGAACGAAUGAUCUAUGAAUUUUCAACAGGCUACAAGAGAAGAUUACAAAAUAAGUUGUUUUCCUGUCACUGAAAAGCUAAUGUGCAUAAAAUGUUUAUAAAAUUAGUUUAACAAAGACUGGUUAUUAAUGUCAUGUCAUGUUCAAUCCUUGUGUUAUGAAAUACUAAUGCACUAAUGUCCACCACAUUCUUACAAGAUUAUUUUAACAACUACUGGCGACUGGCUGACGUGCAGUGGAUAUUCACUGUCUCCAGACCUUUCCUCUACAUAAAAAAUGUCAUGCUCCUUAAAAGUUGUUGAGGUGUUCCUUUUGUAAAAAAAAAACUUUUAUUAUUAUUUCACAUUUAUAGUUGAGUGCUUUGGACCACCACUGCCAGAGAGACAGUAACAGUGAUCUGUUGAUGCUUUGGUUUUACCUCAUCAUUCUUUGAACUGUCCUACCAGAGUUUUCAGUUGGUCCUGACCACCACCGUUUCUUCAUGAAAGAGUUUUUUCAUAAUAAAAGAUACAUCGUCUUAAAGAUA